AUGGCGUCCUCACGAAGGUCAACUACUACCUCUCACGAUGCUGAGCCCUUCCCGGCCUUCACCGGCUCAGACCCAGAUGAGCACACAACCUCUGUCACCACGUCAACUACUACGCAGACCGUCAUUGGCGGCGACGGAGAUCCAGUCAUCCGCACCACAACCACGCCUGCCCACCCAACAGGCCAGGCGCCGCCAAUGGUCUUUUCGACCAACGACCCAAACAAUGCACCUCAACCCUUUACUCGAACAACCCUGACCGUUCCCGGGCAGCCCGGCGGCCAGGCACUCGCUGUUCGUCGAAGACCUAUAGGCAUUCGGCGUCUGCCAUCAAGCAACCGGCUCUCGGCUGCAAGCAGUGAUAGUCAGGAUGGUGUUGGUCGCUCCAACUCGGGAAGAAGGCGUUCAGCAUCUGCUCCGCAAGACCCACACUCUUCUUUAGGCGCAGGUGCAAAUCGGUUGACACGCCAGAGUACACGACAGUCAGCACUGCCCCCGCUGCAGGAAGAGUAUUCUAAUCACCUUCGUCCCCUAACCCAGCUAGAGGGCGAUGGCCAGCAGGCGGGACCCGCUGCCGGGAACGCCACGGGUGUUGGCCGCAGACGCAGCUUGAGCAAUGCUGCGCGCUCGUUCAUCAGCAAGCGCAGUGCCGAUAACGAAUCCACGCGACAGACUGAUGACUACGAGGACGAAGUUGUCGAUCUCCUGGAUGUCAUUGAUCCCGAAGUGCAGACUUUAAACACACUGACCAAUGUUCAAAACUCAUUAUUUGUACCUGAUCUUGGACGAUGGCUUAAUCGGAGGCCAACCUAUACUUUGACUCGUGCACCUACCCGCAUCUCGGAAGCCGACACGACUGGAUCAGCUGCCGAGCUUCCCUCUGUGCAGAGGACAUGGUCCUGGCAGCGACAACCACGCAUGGAACGAAGCCACAGUAUCUCCUCUGUACUCACAGACUCUCAUUAUGCCGUCCUUCCUCAUGGCGUGGACCUCGAAGAUUGGACUGAGGAAGACAAGGAAGCUCUCGACGACCAUGUGCGCCAUAUGUUACACUCGCGCCGAUCUAAAUUCAAGCAAAGGAUGCGUGCCUUUGGCAAAUAUCUCUCGAAGCCGCUCGGUUUCCUCGUGACCCUAUACGCCACUUUAAUCACCCUAUUUGGUCUUGCUUGGGUUCUUUUUCUAAUUGGCUGGAUCUAUGCGGGAGACCGUAAUGAAUACAUCAUCCACAUCAUUGACAGUGUCCUGGUGGCUCUGUUCGCAAUUAUGGGUGACGGUCUGGCUCCUUUUCGAGCUGUCGAUACCUACCAUAUGUGCUUCAUUGCCAACUACGGUUUGACAACGUGGAGAGUUCGUAGAGAGCAACAGCUUCCAGAGCUGCGGGACCAAAACGAAUUCCCCGAAAGAACAGAAAAGGAGGCAGACCCUGAAGCAGCGAACCCCAAGGAUGCAGAGUUCUCUGUCCUGAACGCCGAGCAGCAGAAGAGAUUGGUCCACCACCAGUCCAAAUUCGCCAAGUCGCACUCUUUCUACAAGCCGCACGAGACGACGACCCACUAUGCGUUUCCGCUCAAGCUGCUUAUCACUAUCGUGGUUCUGCUAGAUUGUCAUUCGCUGCUGCAAAUUUCCCUCGGAGCGUUCACGUGGGGCUGGUCCUACCACACCCGGCCUUCAUGGAUCACGGCUGUCAUUCUGUCACUGUCCAUCACCUGUAAUAUCACCGCCGGAAUUCUUAUCAGCGUGGGCGAUCGCAAGACUCGCAAGAAGGAUGUAAUCGAGAGAAUGUCUCGUCAAGAUCUUACAGCCCAGGCUAUCAAGAAGGUGAAGAAACACAAAGCGGAUCGCGAGGCUGCAGUGCAUCAUGCGCAAGCCAGCGAGAACUUCGAAGUGAUACAGGAAGAACCGACCAACGAAUCCGAGUCUGCGAGACUCAACAAUGGCAAAUUUGCCCAGCAACAUCCGUCUGCAUGA